AGUCGGACACAACAAGUAACACAGUUUUCUUGUUGAAUUCCUGCACUUUUCAAUUUUAAUAAAUGUCCUUCUCAUCCAUAUUUGAAAAAGCAUGGAGAGACAGUGCUGAAUAUUCGGCAUACCAAGACAAAAAUAAAACGAACCACACCGCGUUAUCAGAACUAAAUUAACACAAACAUUAGAAACCAAAUUCAUCUGUAACUCAUCUGCUGUCUUCUCUGCACAUUUUGUUCAUGGAGCUUCUUCACAACCUCAACAUUCUCACCACAGUUCUGCUCCUAUGCAUGUUCCCUCACUCACUCAAGUGCCAACAAGCAUACCUCAAUGACACUGUCUAUGACUGUUCUGACAACCCUUCUGCACCAAAAGGCUACCUUUGCAAUGGCCUUCGAAAGUCAUGCACUUCCUUCUUACUUUUCAGGUCCAAACCUCCCUACGAUAGCCCUGUCAGAAUUGCCUACCUUCUUGGCUCUGAGGCAUCUACCAUAGCCUCAAUCAACAACAUCUCAAGAAAUGACAAGAUUGCUUCUAACAAGACAAUCAUUGUUCCUGUAUUCUGUUCAUGUUCAGGAAACAUCUACCAGCACAACACACCUUACACUGCCAGCAAGAAUGACACCUAUUAUCAGUUGGUAACAGAAACCUUCCAAGGUCUCACUACCUGUCAAUCAAUGAUGGGUCAGAAUUACUAUGCAGCAACCAAAAUUGCAAUUGGUGCUGAGCUCACAGUUCCCUUGUUAUGUGCUUGUCCAACUGAAAAUCAGACAGCAAGAGGGGUCACCUCCUUGUUGGUUUACUUGGUGAACUAUGGUGACACUAUUGAAUCCAUAGGAAAGGCUUAUGGUGUGGAUGAACAAAGUAUGCUUGAGGCCAAUGAGUUGGCUAUGCCACAAAGUAAAAACAUAAACAUGGAUCUCCUUUCCUUGACACCUCUUUUAGUUCCUCUAAUAGGGAAGAGCUGCAAAGAGAACCCAGAUAAAUUCUAUUGUAAAUGUUAUCAAGCACCGGAUGGAAGCUCUAAGGGGCCCUUCUGUGAUGAGUCUGAUGGUCAGAAAUUCCCUGCUAAGUUGGUAGCCGCUUUAGGAGCAGGACUUGGUGUAGGCUUUCUGUGUUUGUUUCUUCUGGGAUACAAAUCAUAUCAGUACAUACAGAAGAAGAGAGAACGUAUCCGAAAGGAAAACUCUAGUAAGUUUUCAGAUAAAAGUGAUGUGUACAGUUUUGGGGUAGUACUUGUAGAGCUGAUAAGUGGGAGAAAGCCAAUUUCAUUCUUUGAGGAAGAUGAGGGUCAGAAUCUGAUUGCAGAGUUUCUUUCUCUGAUGAAAGAGAACCAAGUUUAUGAAAUUUUAGAUGAAAGGGUGGCUAAAGAAGCAAUGAAAGAUGACAUUCUUGCCAUUGGAAACCUUGCAAUGAGAUGCUUGAGACUUAAUGGGAGGAAAAGGCCAACCAUGAAGGAGGUUUCACUGGAAUUAGAAGCAUUGAGAAAGGUGCAAAGUUCCUUACAGAUUAAACAUGAUAAUGAGCACAAAACUAGUGAUAUGGUUCAAGAGUGCAGAGAGGAAAGCAUGUCACUGUCCUUACAACUAGAGUCUACAUCCUUAUAGGAAGCUG